UAAAAUCUUGGGGCAGCCGUAAUCAUCUAGGCGUGGUUCUCUGGUCUGACAGACUGCACAGAUCCUGGGCCAAGGGGCAGAGGAAAGCCGGCUUGGGCAGCAGAGCCUCCAAGAUGACUGAGUUGGAUCUAAUGACCUCAGGACAAUUGCCUGGAGUCACUGCUCGCUCUCUGGCCCCUCUCAGCUCAGAUUCUGGGUCUGUUAGCCCCUCAGAAGAAGAGGACUUGGGCUCCCCUGGGAGACCUGUGGAGGAAACAGAGGGAAAGGGAAGCUCCUCUGCAGAGCCAGGGACUCCUGGAGAGGAUGGGGAGGAGGAGAUCCUGUGUGACUUCUGCCUCGGGACCAGUAAGGUGAGGGCAGUGAAGUCGUGUCUCACCUGCAUGGUGAAUUACUGCGAGGAGCACCUACGUCCUCACCAGGAGAACAGUAAACUGCACAGCCACCAGUUGACUAAGCCCCUGAAGGAUCGAGACCUACCCAUCUGCUCUGCCCACUACAGCCCUCUGGUUGCCUUCUGCUGCAGUGACCAGCAGUGCAUUUGCCAGGAAUGUGGCCAGGAUGAACACAAGAACCACACUACUGUUUCCCUGGAUGUUGCCCGCAGAGACAAGGAGGCUGAACUUCGGUGCCUCCAGUUAGACUUGGAGCAGAAACUCAAGUUGAAUGAAAAUGCCAUCACCAGGCUCCAAGCCAAUCACAGAUCUGUUUUGGCGUCAGUGUCAGAGGUGAAGGUGGUAGCUGAAGAGCAGUUUGGGGAACUCCUUGCUGCUGUGAGAAAGGCCCAGGCAGAUGUGAUGCUUUUCCUGGAGGAGAAGGAGCAAGCUGCUCUGAAUCAGGCUAAUGGCAUCAAGACCCACCUAGAGUACAGGAGUGCAGAGAUGGAGAAAAGCAAGCAGGAGCUGGAGAGAUUGGCGGCCAUCAGCAACACUGUCUUCUUCUUGGAGGAGUACUGCAAGUUUAAGAACGCUGAAGACUCUGCUUUCCCUAGUGUUUACAUAGCACUGAAGGAUAAACUUUCAGGUAUCCGCAGGGUCAUCACAGACUCCACCCUACACUUAAUCCAGUUGCUGGAGAACUACAAGGAAAAGCUCCAGGAAUUCUCCAAAGAAGAGGAGUAUGACAUCAAAACUCAAGUGUCUGCCAUUGUUCAGCGCAAGUAUCGGACCUCAAAACCUGAGCCUAAAACCAGGGAAGAGUUCCUUAAAUAUGCUCAUGAUAUCACAUUUGACCCAGACACAGCACAUAGGUAUCUCCGGCUGCAGGAGGACAACCGCAAAGUCACCAACACCACACCCUGGGAACAUCCCUAUCCGGACCUCCCCAGCAGAUUCCUCCACUGGCGGCAGGUGCUGUCCCAACAAAGUCUGUACCUGCACAGGUACUAUUUCGAGGUAGAGAUCUCCGGGGCAGGCACUUACAUUGGCCUGACCUACAAAGGAAUUGACCGGAAAGGGGAGGAACGCAACAGUUGCAUUUCUGGAAACAACUUCUCCUGGAGCCUCUAUUGGAAUGGGAAAGAGUUCACAGCCUGGCACAGUGACACAGAGACCCCAGUCAAAGCUGGCCCUUUCCGGAGGCUUGGCAUCUAUGUCAACUUCCCAGGAGGGACUCUUUCCUUCUAUGGUGUAGAAUAUGAUUCCAUGACUCUGGUUCACAAAUUUGACUGCAAAUUUUCAGAGCCAGUCUAUGCUGCCUUCUGGCUUUCCAAGAAAGAAAAUGCCAUCCGGAUUGUGGACCUAGGAGAGGAACCUGAGAAGCCAGCAGUGUCCUCAUUAAAGACUGCUUCUUAGGUUCUGAGAUCCAUAUCUCAGGCCUUUGCUAAAACUAUGAUGGGAC